AUGUACCGGAAAUCAGAACAUACUCGUGAGUCGGAUUUGGAAUACUACGAGGGUAGAUAUUACAGUGAGUUGAAAGAUAAUUACCAUGAGCUUGAAAUCUCCGACUCGAUAUUUAGGUGUCCGUUUUGUUUCAACAAGGAUUAUUAUUCUUUGACUGAUCUUUUGAGACAUGCUUCUAGGAUUGCUGCGGAUGUUCAUGCUGAGACUGUGAGAGAAAUUGCCAAGCACUCUGCCCUUGUAAGGUAUCUUGACUUUAAAAUUUCUGAAGAUAAGUCGCAUGAUAUGAAUGUCGAUAACGUUAACUCACUUAAUGUGAAUACUGCUGAAGAUAAGUCGCACGAUAUGAUGAAUGUUGAUACCGAUAUGUCACAUAAUGUGAAUGUGGGUGAUGAUAAGUCACUUAAUGUGAGUAUUGAUAAGGCUCCGUCAGUUAAUGUGAAUGCUGUUAAUGAUCAUGAUCAGUCACUUAUUGCUAAGGAUAAGUCACCCAUUGUGAAUACUGAUGAAGAUGAGUUGUUUGUCUGGCCUUGGAUGGUAGUUCUGGCAAACAAUGUUACAAAAUUUGACACCAACUCUCGUAAGUAUAUAGGAAAGAGUAAUAAGAAAAUUCAGGAGGAACUGUUAGCUAAUGGGUUUCAGCCGCUGAAAGUUAAUACACUGUGGAAUAUUAAUGGGCAAACACGGUUUGUGAUUGUUGAAUUUGGAAAAGAAUGGGAUGGUUUCAGCAAUGCUUUGAAGCUAGAGAGAAGCUUUGAAGCGGAACAUUGUGGCAAGAGAGAUUACUUGGGUUUAAAGGAACGAGGAGAUAGACUCUUUGGGUGGAUAGCACGUAGCGAUGACUAUAAUUCCACGGAUAUUGUUGGCAAACACCUCAGGGAAAAUGGGGAUUUGAAAACUGUUUCUGGAAAAGAAGCCGAGGAUAAUAGGAAAGCCUUGAAGCUUGCAUCUAGUUUGGCCGACACUUUAAAGCAGAAGAACAAGGAAUUGGAACAAACAGCAAGCAAGUAUGAAGAGACUAAUGUGUUCCUAAACAGAGUGAUGGAUCAAAAAGAGGAGAUGCUUGAACACUUUAACAAAGAAAGCAGCAAGAUGAGGAAUGCAGAACGUGAUUAUCUCGAAAAUCUGUACAAGGAUCAUGAAAAAGCCAUGCUAGAAUUGGGGGCUCGGAGUAAGGAACUUAUGUCUCGUGAAAAGAUUCUGCAGAAGCGUCAAGCAGAUAAUCAUAAUGAGAGAAAUAAGCUAUAUCUUGAGAAGAAAAAUAAUGAGAUGGCCAUAGCAGAGCAACAAAAGGCUAACGACAAAAUGAUUCAUUUGGCUGAAGAACAUCAGAAAGAGAAAGAGAAACUUCACAAGAAAAUUCAUGAGCUACAGAGAGGACUUGAUGCUAAACAAGCACUGGAACUGGAAGUUGAACGGCUGAGAGGAAUUUUCCAUGUAAUGAAUAGAAUUGGAGAGACUGAUCUGGAAGAGAAGAAAAAGCUGGACUUGAUCAAAAUGGAUCUGCAAGAAAAGGAAGAGCAAUUGGAAGAGGUGGUAGAUCUUCAACAAGCAUUGGUUGUUAAGGACCUCAAAACUAAUGACGAGUUGCAAGAGGCCCGCAAAAAACUAAUAAGUUGGAUUGGCUACCCAGAGGAUACUUCUGAAGUCAUAAUUUCUGUGAAAAGGAUGGGGGAACUUGAUACUAAGCCGUUUGUGGAGGCAUCCAAGAGAAAGUUUCCGGCUAAAGGGAAAGGGAAAGCAGCUCGGAGAAGACUUGCCGUUGAAAGGAAAAUGAAAGCAACUGAGUGGUGCUCACAGUGUGAUGACUAUCUUAGAGAUCCAAACUGGCAUCCGUUCGAAGUUGUAACUGAUAAAGAAGGGAAUUCCAAGGAAAUUUUAAAGGAAAAUGAUGAAAAACUGAACAGUUUAAGAGAUGAACUUGGAGAUGAGGUGCAUGAUGCAGUAGUUACAGCUUUGAAGGAAUUAAAUGAAUACAAUCCUAGUGGGAGAUAUCCAGUACCUGAACUAUGGAAUUUUAAGGAAGGAAGGAAGGCUUCGUUGAAAGAGGGUGUUGCCCAUUUAAUGAGCCAAUGGAAAGAAAUGAGAGAUGAUUAGUUACAUGCAAGUCAGUAAAUUUGUUAUGAAGUUUAGAAGAAAAUAAAAAAGAAUCCUGAGAAGGACUAAUAAUAUGACUAUUAA